AUGUCGCUGGAAAUGGAGUCAGUGACCUUUGAGGAUGUGGCUGUGCACUUCACCAAGGAGGAGUGGUCGAUGCUGGAUCUAUCUCAAAAGGACCUCUACAAAGAUGUGAUGAAGGAAAUAUUGAGAAACAUGGUGUCAAUAGGAAACAUAAGGAAACACCAAAAGACUGAAAAUGAAUACCAAAAUUCUGAGAGAAAACUAAGAUGUCAACUGGUAGAGAAACUACAUGACUGUAAAGAAGGUCAUAAGUGUGCAGAAAUCUUCAACUUCUCUACAGAAGGCACUGUAAAUCAUAAAUUUUAUCCAGGAGUAAGCAUAUGUAAAAGAAAUGGGUUUGUAAAUGUAGUCAUUGGCCAUUUAGCUCUAAGUGUGCAGCUAAAACCUAGGCCAAGGCAGAAAUCAAAUGAAGUCCAGGACCGUGGAACGGAGUUGGAUGAUAAUAAGGAAUCUGAGGACACCUCCAGCUCUGCCCUAUCUUUUCAGAAGCAUGAAAGUACUGACACUGCUGAGAAAUCUAAUAAAAAUAAGCAGUCUAAUGAAGACUUAAGCCUUGGUCAAAAUCAUGAAAGGACCACUGCUGAAGAAAGACACCAUGAAUGUAAGCAGUGUGGGAAAACUUUUACUUCCCUCAGGUCCUUGAAGGGGCACGAACAGCAUUACCAUGCAAAGAAAUCCUUUGCAUGUAAGCAGUGUGGGAAAGCCUUCCCUUUCCCCAGUUCCCUGCAAGUACAUGAAAGGAUCCACACUGGAGAGAAGCCCUAUACAUGUAAGCAGUGUGGGAAAACCUUUGCAUAUUCCAGUUCUCUUCUAAGACAUGAAAAAAUUCACACCGGCACAAGUUCCCAUAAGUGUCAACUAUGUGGGAAAACCUUUACUCGUCUGAAUUCUCUUUUAAGGCAUAAAAUAAUCCACACUGGUGAGAAGCCCUAGGCAUGUAAUCAGUGUGGGAAAAGCUUUUCUCGUUCUGCUUCCCUUCAAAGACACACAAGAAUCCACACUGGAGAGAAACCCUAUGUAUGUAAGCAAUGUGGGAAAGGAUUCAUUACUUCUACUUAUCUUCAAGUACAUGAACGAACUCACACUGGGGAGAAAGCUUAUGUAUGUAAGGAGUGUGGGAGUGCCUUCAUGCUUUGGACUCAGUUUCAGAAACAUAAAGUAACUCACAGUGGUGUGAAUCCCUAUGUUUGUAAGCAGUGUGGGAAAGGCUUCACUCGUCUCGGUUCCCUACAAAUACAUGAAAGAAUUCACACUGGUGAGAAGCCCUAUGUGUGUAAGCAGUGUGCAAAAGCCUUCUUGUCUUUGAAUCAGUUAAGAUGACAUGAAGUAACUCACAGCGGCGUCAAACCCUAUCAGUGCAAACAAUGUGGGAAGGGAUUUAUCUGUUCAACAACCUUUCGAAGUCAUGAAAAGAUACACAGUGGAGAUAACCCGUAUGUGUGUUCACAAUGUGAGAAAGUUUUGAGUUCUGACAGUGCUUUGUGGAAACAUAAAAUGAUUCACACCGGAGAGAAACCUUGUGUAUGUAAGCAGUGUGGUAAAACAUUCACUCAUUUAAGUUCUCUUCAGUAUCAUGCACUGAUGCACAGUGGAGAGAAACCCCAUGAAUGUAAGAAAUGUGGGAAAGGCUUUAGGUCUCUAAGCCACCUUAAAAAGCAUGAAAGAACUCAACACUGAAUAGAAACCUUAUGCAUGUAAACAAUGUGGGAAAGCCUUUCCUUAUUCUCACUGGCAUAAUGUUUACACAUUUUA